AUGAAAAAUAUAGGACAAAUCAGGACAGGACAGAUCUUGUCAGGGAAGAGAUAUGUACUCAGAGAAAAAACUAAAGUGGGCCUUAUCCCAUUUAACUCUUGUUAUAUUUGUGGGAGGGGUAUUUUAUCAGAAGAAAUGGGUGUUUCAGAUGUCAAGUCAUUAUUUAAAGGGUUUAAAUACGUUGACGGAAUAAAAUAUAUGUUAAUAAGUAAUGAGUGCGGUAAGAGCUCUUAUAUAUAUGCAGAUGAAGAAUUAUCCACUGAGCACUGUACGUGUGUAAUACCCUAUAGGCCAUUUACACCGGUUGGGACUCUUUUUAAUUUGGAAAGGCCAUUUCUAGGGAAUAUGCACAGCCACCCCUUUCCGGAUGUCUACCUAAUUCCUAUCUUUCCCAUUUAUUCUCCAUAUUUUAUAUCAGUGGAGAAAAUAAUAUCUGGUAAGGAUACAAGGACUACCUGCAUGUUAAAGAACAUACCAAAUAAGUUGAAUAUAAGCCAGUUAAUAGAGGUGCUUACAUCUAUUUGUUACAAUGCAUUUGACUUUGUCUAUCUGCGGAUGGACUUUAAAAGUAACUGCAACAAUGGAUAUGCAUUCAUUAAUUUCCGAGAGGCAAAGUACAUUCCAAUAUUUCUUGAUGCAAUACAGGGAAGAAAGUGGAAGAAUUUUAAAAGUGAAAAGAAAGGCGAUAUAGCAUAUGCCCGAAUACAGGGUCUACACAUGCUACAAAGCAGAUUCAGGAGAAGUGAUAUUCUAGCAGCAGACAAAGAAUACUGGCCAGUAAUUUUUAACAAAAAAGGGGAUCAAGUACUUGCAUCUGAAUGGAAGUUGCACUAA